GCAGGGGCUGCUGCGGGCGCUCCCUGGGUACAGCGCGCCCAGUCUCCGUGCCCAGCCCCUCUGCGUGCCCGCUUCCCCGGCCGCACCUGAGCCCAGCGGUGGCGGGUCGCUGGAUCAGCUAAGAGCAGCGGCGGCGCCUCGCGGGACAGAGUCCUUGGCUUUCUUUAGGCGUGGGGACAUGAGCCCCGCAGCUACCUGAGGCACGGGGGUGGGGGGCGCUGCACGGCUAGGACCGCGCCUCCGAAGAAGUUCCUCAUCCUAGUCUCUGCACUGCGGAACGCCCGCGCCGGACACUGGUGGAGGCGUCCUCGGAAGAGCAGCGGGAUAGGGGCAUGGAACCCACGGCGUCCGCGGGCCAGGCCCGGGCGGCGGCCACCAAGCUGUCAGAAGCGGUGGGCGCGGCGCUGCAAGAGCCCCAGCGGCAGCGGCGCCUGGUGCUGGUCAUCGUGUGCGUGGCGCUAUUACUGGACAACAUGUUAUACAUGGUCAUCGUGCCCAUCGUGCCCGACUACAUCGCUCAUAUGCGCGGGGGCAGCGAGAGUCCCACCCUGGCCUCCGAGGUAUUAUGGGAGCCCACCCUGCCGCCGCCCACUCUGGCUAAUGCUAGCGCCUACUGGGUUAACACCUCCGAGUCCCCGACGGCUGCCGGGCCUCCCUGGUCGACUCUGCGGCCCCGCUACCCCACGGAGAGUGAAGACAUGAAGAUCGGGGUACUGUUUGCCUCCAAAGCCAUUCUGCAGCUGCUGGUGAACCCUUUGAGCGGGCCCUUCAUUGAUCGCAUGAGCUACGACGUGCCACUGCUUAUUGGGCUGGGCGUCAUGUUCGCCUCCACUGUCGUGUUCGCCUUCGCGGAAGACUACGCCACCCUGUUCGCGGCGCGCAGCCUGCAGGGCCUGGGCUCAGCCUUCGCGUACACGUCUGGCAUUGCCAUGAUCGCGGACAAGUAUCCCGAGGAGCCGGAACGCAGCCGCGCGCUGGGCGUGGCAUUGGCCUUCAUCAGCUUCGGAAGUCUAGUGGCGCCACCCUUCGGGGGCAUCCUCUACGAGUUCGCCGGCAAACUCGUUCCCUUUCUAGUGCUUGCCGCCGUGUCGCUCUUCGACGCGCUGUUGCUGCUGGCGGUGGCCAAACCCUUCUCGGCUGCUGCACGGGCGCGGGCCAACCUGCCAGUGGGCACGCCCAUCCACCGCCUCAUGCUGGACCCUUACAUUGCUGUGGUAGCCGGCGCGCUUACUACCUGUAACAUUCCCCUUGCCUUCCUCGAGCCCACUAUAGCCACGUGGAUGAAGCACACGAUGGCGGCGUCAGAGUGGGAAAUGGGUAUGGUCUGGCUGCCGGCCUUCGUGCCGCACGUGUUAGGCGUCUACCUCACCGUGCGCCUGGCUGCACGCUACCCACACCUGCAGUGGCUGUAUGGCGCCCUUGGCCUGGUGGUGAUCGGCGCCAGCUCGUGCAUUGUGCCGGCUUGCCGUUCAUUCGCGCCGCUAGUGGUUUCCCUCUGCGGCCUCUGCUUCGGCAUUGCACUGGUGGACACGGCGCUGCUGCCCACGCUCGCCUUCCUGGUGGACGUGCGCCACGUCUCAGUCUAUGGCAGCGUCUAUGCCAUAGCUGACAUCGCCUAUUCCGUGGCCUAUGCGCUCGGGCCCAUAGUGGCAGGCCAUAUCGUGCACUCGCUUGGCUUUGAGCAGCUCAGCCUUGGCAUGGGCUUGGCUAACCUGCUCUAUGCGCCAGUCCUGCUGCUCCUUCGCAAUGUGGGCCUCCUGACGCGCUCUCGCUCUGAGCGGGACGUGCUGCUAGACGAGCCGCCGCAGGGUCUGUACGAUGCGGUGCGCCUACGUGAGCGUUCGGUGCCAGGCGGGGACGGCGAACCUUGCAGUCCACCUGGCCCUUUUGACGGCUGUGAGGACGACUACAAUUACUACUAUACCCGCAGCUAGCAGCCCCGCUGCUCCUCCAGGCCACUCGCCCUUCCCUCUUGGGUCAAGGUGGCUGCUCUGCGACAGCGCA